AUGGCUUCAUCGACCGAUGCGGAGGCGGAGUCCCUGCAGAAGAAACUCCGCUCUGCGCUAUGGUUCCAGAUCGGAAAGAUGGUCGACGAAGAAAGUAUCAACCUGGGAGUCAACGCAACGCCGCAGUUCAUCGGCAGUCUGAUGGAGCUGGUGUGGGCACAGAUUGGGAAUGCCGCCAUCGACCUCGAAGCAUUCGCCAAACAUGCUGGGAGGUCCACGAUUAAAACGGACGAUGUCAUGCUGCUUGCUCGGCGAAAUGAAGGGCUAGAGCAGAUUCUCCGCGACGAAUUGAAGCGUCUCGAGCAGGCAAAGUCCAAGCACGAUAAGUCUGGGUGA